GUGAAAAUGAGGACAUCUACUACGCAGUGACCGACUAUUGUCAUGGAGGAAACCUCGCUGACAAGAUCAAAGAGACACCACAAGAGUUUCAGGUGCUGAGCUGGUUAACUGAGAUCUGUGUGGCUUUGAGAACCAUUCAUGAAAAGGGGUUGGUUCAAAAAGAUCUGAUGCCAGAGGACAUAUUCCUCACAGAAUUUGGAACUUUGCGCCUGGGUGGAUUUCAAAAAGCCCAUAAAAAUACAAACAUGCCCCAGUCAACAACAAAUUCAGUGAGUUAUAAGGCUCCAGAGGUCACCCAGGGGGGGCCCCAUGAUGCUAAAAGGUAAAAAGCUUUUUACCAAAAUGAGAAAUUUACUUGUGACAACACUCUAGUGUUUGUUUCUGAAGUUCUUGCAGAGCUUCCUGUGCGUUUUAGGAUUCAUUUUAAGAUUCUUUUAUUUGUUUAUUAGUCCUUGAAUGGGCUUGCACCU